GCGGAGUCAAUGGACGGCUAGGCAUGGAAACAUACAUUUGAUGGAAAUUUUACUGUCCGAUCAGCCUACCAUAUUCUUCGUGAGAGCUGUGAUCAUCAAGCUUCUACAUCACCACUCACGCAUAAUCAACCUGCCAUCAACAAUUGGAAGUGGCUUUGGUCGUUGGCUCUCCCACCAAAAAUUCGUUUCUUCAUCCGGAAAUGCUCUAAGAGAGUCAUCCCUACAAGGGAAAGACUUUUCUCCAAGUCCUGUGCACCAAGCCCAAAUUGUCCCAUUUGUGACGCACCAAAGACGAUUUUGCACAGCCUCUUCCACUGUCAGCAUGCGUCGGAGACUUGGCAUCUCUCAGGUUGAUUGCUCCUCCCUCUCAAGAUGCCUCCUUCUCGUCGAUCUACGACUCCCGGCUUUUACCGACGGGAUUUGCGCCGACCACCCGAUGAUAAGAUUUACUCCCGGCUCUGCCGAUUUAGCCUAUCGGCCACUCCCGGCUAUGCCGAAUUCGCCUAUCGGCGACUCCUGGCUUUUCCGAUUUCGCCGAUCCGGGACUCCGGCUUUUACCGACUAGAUCUGCUCCGACCACCGUAUGAUUUCCCACAUGGAGGAUCUGGUCAGCCGUACCUUCAUGGAUGGCAGUAGAGAGAAGCUGCCGUGGGCCCAAAUCAUGUCUGUGUUCAUAUAUAAAUGUCGCUAGUGAUCUCAGCGAAGAGCAAAAUUAUCCUUAUUCGCCGGUGCUCUCGCUAAACCCUAGCAGACGAUUUUCCAGGAACUCAAUCGAUAAGGAGUAAGUAUCUGCUGUGUGAUGGGUAAUUCUCGCCAGUCAAGGUCAAAUGAGCUUUUUCUGGUCAACUGGAAUUGCAUAUCUGCUCUGUUAUUACGAGUCGCUGUGAUUUCGUGAAGCAGAUGAGUGCUCAUUACUUGUCCUACACUAAGCUGACCAGAAAAAGCUCACUCGACCUUGACUGGCGAGAAUUACUUGUCCUACACUAAGGGCAAUGCUGAGGAGGAGGAGUUCGUGACUGCACCGGUCCGGUUCAAGAAAUUGAAGUAGUCUUUUCUUUUGUGGUUUUGCUCAUAAUUUGACUGAUGGGACGUAUAUGUUGAUGAGUAUAGGAAACCUAAAGUCCAUAUACUCUUCUUGAGUGUUUUCAUAUCCGGAUUGAAAUAACAUAAACUUGGUACUUUUUUUUAAUUGUUUCCCCCUUGUUAGCUUUCAUUUAGUUAUUUUUUGCAGGUUUAAUAAAUUGAUUUUAGUUUGGGGUUUUUUAUAUGCGUCAAUUUUUUAGCGAUUUUUAAG